AUGCUGAAAGAAAGUUUUUCUGUUCUGAGAAAGGAAAAUGAAGCACUGACAAACUUGACCAAGAAGAAUUUAAAUCAGCAAAGCGACAUCUCCGAGCUGAAGAGUAAGGUCAGUGAACUGAUCAAGCACAAAGAAAGAGUAUCUGGAAACUUUAGUGAGGUUGAGGAGAGACUUGAUUUGACUGAGAACCAGCUGAUAGAAAAGAAAGCCAAACUUGAAAAUCUGGAGAUGGAAACUGCGGCUGCGUUUAAUGAUACGAAGAGACUGUUGGGCUUGUACAUGAGAGAACUCUCCCAGCUGAACACAACAGCCCAGGAUAUUGAACUCAAAGUGGAAGCCAAGCUGACCGCCACCAGGAGGGCGCUUGAAGACGAGCUGAAGAAAGUGCAGGGGGAAAAUAAAGCCUUUAGCACUUCGCUGAAAAAACAAGAAGCUGAAGUCAGUGAACUUAAGAACAAAACCAGGAGCAAACUGGCUGAUGUGAAAGGACAGCUAAAAGACAGAAACCAUACAGUGGAUUUCCUAGUGACUAAAAUCAAAGAUCUGGAGGAGAGACUUGAGGAAAAAUGCGAGCCAAAAGAAAUGAAAAAAGUGGCAUUUUCGGCAAGAAUCGUCAGCCCUUCUCAUGUGUUCACUGGACCCCGAACAACUUACGGAUCCAAGGUUCUCAUUUUUGACAGAGUCUUCACGAACGUUGGGAUUGCUUACAACGGAAAAACAGGCAUCUUCACAGCUCCGGUGAAAGGCGUUUACCAGUUCACCUUCAUGACUUUUGGCUACAACGUUCGGGCUUCGGGAGCCAUUUUGAUGAGAAACAGGCGGUACAAAGUGAGCACUUGGGAAUCCUCUAGCUACUAUCACAGCAACACAGCCAGCAACACAGUCAUUCUUGAACUCAAUGUCCGAGAUUGCAUCAGCAUUGUACUGUGUAAAGGUGUCAAAAUAUAUUCCGGCGUCUUCAGUGGGUUCCUUAUCUUCCCACUUUAG